CAAAGGACCUCCGGAGGAUCGGUAAAGGUUAAAAAUGUAAAGGAAUUUGUCUACGGGAAUCUCAAACACAACUCACCAGUUUUGCUGUCUUUGUCCAGAUAUUUAAGAAGUGCAGCAAGGGUUUCACACGAUCAUCCUUCCUGCUCAGACGGUGGGGAGGGAUUCACUCGAUUGUCCUUCCUGCUCAGACUGUAUGGAGGGAUUCACUCUGUCAUCUAACUGACUGGCACACCCAUCGUUUUACAUGGGAGUUCACCUGCUCAGACAGUGGGAAUGGAUUCACUCGGUCAUUUCAACUGAAGGUACUUCAGCAAGUUCACACUGGGCAGAGGCUGGACAUCUGCUGAACUUGUGGGAAAGGAUUCACUCGGUCAUCUGACCUAAUGGCUCACCAGCGAGUUCACACCAGGGAGUGGCCGUUCACCUGCUCAGACUCUGGGAAGGGAUUCACUCGGUCAUCUGAAGUAAUGGCUCACCAGCGAGUUCACACUGGGGAGAGGCCGUUCAUCUGCUCAGAAUGUGGAAAGGGAUUCAUUUCGCCAUCUAAACUGAAGAUACAUCAGAGAGUUCACACUGGAGAGAGGCCAUUCACCUGCUCAGAUUGUGGGAAGGGAUUCACUCAGUCAUCCUACCUACUGGUACACCAGUCAGUUCACACUGGUGAAAGGGCGUUCACUUGCUCAGAGUGUGGGAAAGGAUUUACUCAAUCAUCCACCCUAAUGGCUCACCAGCGAGUUCAUAGUGGGGAGCGGCUGUUCACCUGCUCGGACUGUGGGAGGGGGUUCACUCGGUCAUAUAAACUGAAGGUACAUCAGCGAGUUCACACUGGAGAGAGGCCAUUCACCUGCUCGGACUGUGGGAAGGGAUUCACUCAGUCAUCUGUACUGAAGUUACAUCAGCGAGUUCACACUGGGGAGCGGCCGUUCACCUGCUCAGACUGUGGGAAGGGAUUCACUUGCUCAUCUCAACUGAAGGUACAUCAGCGAGUUCAUACUGGGGAGAGGCCGUUCACCUGUUCAGUCUGUGGGAAGGGAUUCACUCGGUCAUCUGACCUAAUGGCUCACCAGCGAGUUCACACCAGGGAGUGGCCGUUCACCUGCUCAGACUCUGGGAAGGGAUUCACUCGGUCAUCUGAAGUAAUGGCUCACCAGCGAGUUCACACUGGGGAGAGGCCGUUCAUCUGCUCAGAAUGUGGAAAGGGAUUCAUUUCGCCAUCUAAACUGAAGAUACAUCAGAGAGUUCACACUGGAGAGAGGCCAUUCACCUGCUCAGAUUGUGGAAAGGGAUUCAUUUCGCCAUCUAAACUGAAGAUACAUCAGAGAGUUCACACUGGAGAGAGGCCAUUCACCUGCUCGGACUGUGGGAAGGGAUUCACUCAGUCAUCUGUACUGAAGUUACAUCAGCGAGUUCACACUGGGGAGCGGCCGUUCACCUGCUCAGACUGUGGGAAGGGAUUCACUUGCUCAUCUCAACUGAAGGUACAUCAGCGAGUUCAUACUGGGGAGAGGCCGUUCACCUGUUCAGUCUGUGGGAAGGGAUUCACUUUGUCACCUCACCUACUGAGACACCAGUUAGUUCACACUGGGGAGUGGCCAUUCACUUGCUCAGUCUGUGGAAAGGGAUUCACUGAAUCAUCUGUCCUGCAGAGACACCAAUCAGUUCACACUGGCAAGUGGCAGUUCACCUGCUCAGACUGUGGGAAGGGAUUCAAUCGGUCAUCUCACCUGCUGUUACACCAGUCAGCCCAUACAGGGAAAGGGCCGUUCACCUGCUCAGUCUGUGGGAAGGGUUUCAUUUCAUCAUCUCAACUGAAGAUACAUCAGCGAUUUCACACCGGGGAGAGGCCUUUCUCCUGCACAGACUGUGGGAAGGGAUUCACUAUGUCAUCUCAUCUGAAGGUACACCAGCGAGUUCACACUGGGGAGAGGCCAUUCACUUGCUCAGACUGUGGGAAGGGAUUCACUUCGUCAUCUCAACUGAAGGUACAUCAGAGAGUUCACACUGGGGAGAGGCCAUUCACCUGCUCAGACUGUGGGAAGGGAUUCACUUCGUCAUCUCAACUGAAGGUACAUCAGAGAGUUCACACUGGGGAGAGGCCGUUCACCUGCUCAGACUGUGGGAAGGGAUUCACUCGGACAUAUCAACUACAGAGACACCAGCGAGUUCACACUGGGUAGAGGCCAAUUUCAUGCUCAGACUUUGGGAAAAAAUUCUCUCAGCUAAAUCAACCAAUGUAUAUCACUGUUGACACUGGGGAUAUUCCGUUCACCUGCUGUGAAUGUGGGAACCAAUUCACUCAGUGAACUAACCUUAUGUAGCUCUUGCUUUGGCUAGUAGCUUAAUAUAACUGGUGAUAGACCCCAGCCUGGCUAAACUUAAGAAAUAUCAUUUGGAUGGAUGCUGUGUGAUGUGUCCCCUGCUACAAAUCAGAACCCUGAAAUAACAGUAAACAAUAUGUGAUUAAACAAUUGAGCUUUGUAAUUCAUACUUUGACCAGAGGGUUAGUAAAGAAAACAAAUUUAAGAAAAAGAAAAAGGACCCACUCUCUCCAUUUGCAUUUUCUCAUUUCUCCCUGGCAAAAGACCAUGAAAAUCUCUCUUCCAGACUCACAAGAAAGAACAUUUCUGUCAUUGGAUAGCCCCAUAGUCGUAGCCUAAACAUUGCUGCUACUGAGAAACCAUUACUUCAGCUGGGAAACUUUACUGAGAGGUCCUUACAUUAGCAGUGAAACCUUACAGCAUGUAAGACUUGUGACACACUACUGGGUUCACACUGGGGAGAAAGUUUCAAUGAGCUGCAUGCUGGAUAUUUGUCCAUCACCAUUGCUGAAUGCAACUUCGAGACUGACUGUCGGUGCUGAACUCUGCAAUUAUUGCUGCUGCUCACCACACCCAGUUCUGCACCCUGGUCACUGGGCAUGGGAGGAGUUUCUUCUGCUGCACAUUCACCUUUAAUGGGACUGGAGUUUAAUAUUCUGGAUCUGAGACAAAUAAAUCAAUUAUAUUUUAAACUCUGUCUCUGGUACUUACUGAAUUUAUAACACACCUAGUGUACAGUAGAGAGUCAACUCAAGCCAGCUGGACGCUGCCAGUGAUUCAGUUCCAUGACAGUCCUUUUAAAUCCUCUCCUGUUGUUCAUCUCUCACUCUCCCUGGGUGGUGAGAUCCACCACUGGAUCCAUAUUCCAGUGGUGACGGAUUCCAAACAGACACAACUCUGUGGUGAAGAGGUUUCCUUUGAGUUUUCUGCAGAGUGAAGAAGUCGAGGAGAAGGAAAUCAGAAGUGGGGUGUGGCAAUGUCAGAGUUGAAACAUUUUGAAGCUGAUUGACAGAGAAAAUCUUUUGUUUGUCUGACUGAUAACACGAACAAUACCUGUGUUGAAGUGCUCCACUGUUUGAGGAACUGUGUGUGUUCGGAAAUGCUUUAUCUAUUAAGGGAGUUGUUCCUGCUUGUUUAUCUUGUAAUAUUAUAUCUGGAUCGUUGUUAUGGAUUGUCCUAUCUGAAAUAAUGUAUUGAUUAAUGUAUAAUUUUGUCACCAUUUCAUCUGCUCAGAUCGUUGGGAUGUCUCCCAUGGAGGAUCAUACUCGUUCAACUGAUUAAUAUUUCCUUCCAUAGUGAUGAUUAAUUUUUCUGAUUUGGCCUGUCAUUUAAGAUUUCUGGUCUGUAUUUCUUAUCACAAUUGCAUAUACACACAUGGAGUGCUGAAUCCAGUUCAUUUUUGAUGAAAACAUAUAUACCUAGAAGUUUUAUCUGACUGUUCUGUGAUAUUUUUUUAUUUCAUGUGUGUUAUUUCCCUUCCUCCAUCUGUCCAAGGUAGUGUUAAUCUAAGUGGGUUUGAGUGUAAAUAGUCUUUUCUAAAGCUUUCUUAAGUUAUUGUUUAUCUUUCUAAAUUAUACUAAUUGAAAUGGGACCAAGAUAUUUUUAUAAAAAAAGAAGUCAAUGUCAGUAUUGAUGAAAGUGUGUAUUGCCUGUGUUGUAUUUGUUAGUUAUUGAGCUCUAUUUGGUAGUUUUUUUUUUAAAGUCUUGAACUGAAUUUUGUCAAAGGUUUUCCCUAUUUUGCAGUACUUUCUAUUUUUGUUGCUUGUUGAUAUUCCAGAUAUGUGGGUAUCAAGUGUCCCGGUGAAGGAUCUUGGCCCGAAAUGUUUAUUCCCAUCCAUAGAUGCUGCCUGACAUGCUGAGCUUCUCCAGCACUUUGUGUGUAGUUCUCUAGAUUUCUUGCAACUGCAGGUCCUCUUGUUUCCCAGAUACUUAUAUGUUUCUUGAAAGAAGAAGCCAAGAACAAGCUGGUAGUGGGGUUGAGUGGCUCUGUUGGUAAAAUAUUAAAUGAAAUCAUUAGAAAGAAGUGGCGUAGGGUAGGAAGGUGUAAAAUCUGUGGGUAGAAUUAAGGAACAGCAAAUGUAAAAAAGAAUCCCUGAUGAGAAUUGCACAGAGACCCCCAAACAGUAGUAAGUAUGUGGUCCUCAAAUUACAAUGGGAGAUAGAAAAUGCGUGCCAAGAGGGCAAUGUUACAGUAGUCAUGGGGGAUUGUCAUGCAGGUAAUUAGGAAAAUUAGGAUGGUGUUGGUCUCAAGAGGAGGAAUUCCUGGAAUGCCUACAAGAUGCUUUUUUAGAGCAGCUCGUGAUUGAGUUCACUUGGGGGUCAGCUAUUCUGGAUUGGGUGUUGUAAUAAACCAGAAUUAAUUAGGUCACUUAAGUCCAAAGAACCUUUAGGGGUAAGUGAUCUUAAUCUGAUCUAAUUCACCCUGACAUUAGAGAAGGAGAAGCUAAAGUCAGGUGGAAUAAAGAGAAUUAGAGGGGCACGAGAAAAAAAUUGUUCAAAAUUGAUCUAAAAAAAACAUGGGCCGGGACGAAAACAGAUCAGCAAUGUCUGGAAUUUUUGGAAGGCACAGGAUAUAUACUGUGGCAUGCAAAAGUUUGGGCACCCCUGUUCAAAAUUUCUUUUACUGUGAUUAGAUAAGUGAGUAAAAGAUGACUUGAUUAUAAAAGGCAUAAAGUUAAAGAUGACACUUUUUAAAUAUAUUUUAAGCAAGAUUACAUUUUUAUUUCCAUCUUUUACAAUUUCAAAAUAACAAAAAAGGAAAAGGGCCCGAAGCAAAGGUUUGGGCACCCUGCAUGGUCGUUACUGAGUAAAACCCCCUUUGGCAAGUAUCACAGCUUGUAAACACUUUUUGUAGCCAACCAACAGUCUUUCAGUUCUUGUUUGAGUAAAUUUCUGGGUUCACUCAUAAGUAGCAAACUACUGACUGUGGAAAUUACAAAUGAGAAUAUUAUUCAGGUCACAGAGCAGCAGUACUGAAACAGGCCCUUCUAGUCCAUGCUGACCUGUUUUUGUUGUUACUGCCUGGUUCCAGCUACCUGCACCACAGCCUCCAUGCACCUCCCAUCCACGUCCUCACCCAAAUUCCUUUUCAGUGUCUAAAUCGAACCCAUAUCCUCCACUUCCACUGGCAGCUCAUUCCACACUCUCACCAAACUCCAAGUGAAGAAUUCCCCUUCAGAUUCCCCGAAAAUAAUUUACUUUCACCCUGAACGUAUGUCCAAUGUCAGGGUGAGAGGGAGGACGGGGCACAGAGGGAAGACAGUAAGGGAAGGUGGUGGUCGAGUGCAGAGAGGGAAACAGACUGGAGAGUUUAUACUUAAUAUCUUUCAGAAAAAGUAAUUGUUUGAACUUACUGCAAACCUGCUAUCCAUACCCUGUACGUUAUUGAUCUAGAUGACAAGUAGCAGUGUUUGACGUUCAAAGUAAAUAUUGUUAUCAGAGCACACAUAUGUCACCACAUACAACCCUGAGAUUGUUUUUCCUACAGGAACACUUAGCAAAUCUAUACAAUAGUAAAAGGAUCAAUGGAAGUUCAACUAGAGCAUAGAAUUCAACAAACCGUGCAAAUGCAAAUAUAUUCAAAUAUCAAUGAAUAAUGAGAGCAAUGUGGGUUAACCCUGGGGAACCUCACUGGGCUCGGGCCUCGAGUCCAAUAAACAGCCUCCCACCAUCACUCUCUGCUUCCUACCAUCAAAACAACUGUGCAUCCAGUGAGCCAGCUUUCCCUGGAUCCCGUGUGAUCUGACUUUCCACAGCAACUUACCAUGCUGAACCGUAUCAAAGGCCUCCCUGAUGCCCAUAUCAGCCACGAUCCUGGGACAGAGGUGUCACCGAUCAGAGGGCACAGAUUUAAGCAGAGGAUGAAGAGGUUUAGAGGGAUCUGAGGGGGAGAUUUCUCACUCAGAGGGUAGCUGAAAUCUGGAACUCACACCCCUCAGGUUUCCUUAAAAUAUAUCACCUCACAUCGUUAACAUAUAACCUGUCGCGGAUCAGAACAAAGACUGCGU